CAGUCAAUCGAAAGUCACGGCGAUGGAUAGAUGCGGGAGGUGAAAUCUUUUUCGGUUAGUUCUUUGUUUUUUUUUUUUGAAGAAAUCAGAUAAUUUUUCACGAUGAUGUCGCAUGAGUAAUCAGUGAGAAUGUAAUCACUGUUGAAAGGAAUCAAAUCCGAACUGACUCAUCGUCCAGUAUCCAGCUUCGUUUGAUGUGGCACAUCUGAUCAGAAUUUAUCAGGUUGAUUAUCCACAGUUCAGCGAAAAGCUUCGAAGAAUUAGUGAACCUUGUGUGUGAUAAGAUUCGGUACGCCGUAGAACUACGCCGCUUUGUACCGACCAGCAGUUCGAAAACGAGAACGAAAGUGUCCGAUAAGUGUGAUUGACAGAGUACGCAACGAUUACAAAAUUGAGGGCUGUGUUAGAGUGAACCAAUUGGGGAGCAAUAAAUCGUGGAAAAACGGCAUGAACACCGAAAAAAACAUGCAACACUUGUCGAUGCUGACGUCCGGCUGGAGCUACAUUCCAGCGGGGCUGACAUUUGGCUAUCUGCUAGUGUUACCCCUCCAAUCGCAUGUGACCUUCGGCACUAUCUUCCGGGAAACGCAGUUCUGGCCAUACAUCGUGGCCAUUAUCACGCUCAUCAUCUCGGUGGCGCUGACCAACGGUCUCAAGCUGAACCACCGCAAGUGCCAGUUCGUUCACUUGUACAUCCAACUGGCGGCUAUGGUGUUCUAUCUCGUGGCUGGCCUAAUCUUCCUGCUGGUGGAAGAUGUAAUACCCGCCAUCUACCUGGCCGCGUGCGGCCUCGGACUGACACUGAUCCCCGGCCUUAGCUACAUCCACAUUCGAGCGCCCGGCCGGUGGCGCUCGAUCUUCAUGGGACUGUGCUACUUCUGGUUCCUGGUGGGGCUCGCUUCCACCGCAACCAUUUUGUUCUACCAAGUGGGCCAGUGGAACUACGAUGCGUGGGUCGUUUCGACGGUGCACACCAACGUGGCCAUUUGUCUGCUGGCUACGGCGUCCUUCAUGAUAGUGAUGGUAGGCGUCAACGAGAUGCUACAGCGGGAGGCCAUCGUGGACUACAAGAAGCCGCUGGACUUCGACACGGACAUAGCGCAUGAAAGUGGCAAACUGAUGGACCGCCGGGAGCGUAGGAAUCUGUACAGUAAUUUCACAAAUCCCACACUAGCGGCGCCUAAUGGCGCCGGUACCAAGCAGUGGAACACGUCUACGGAGCAAAUUAUCCUGGGCAGGUCGUCUGCGGAUAAGAACUAUCACAGGUGGUGGGUGUUCCUUAUGAUUUUCACCAAGCUGCAGGGUUUCAUUGCGUUCUACUACGUUUUCGUGGCAUUCGCCGUGACGUACACAAUAGUGAUGUUCCAAGAUCAAAGUUCUGGAUAUUCGGUGUUUUGGUUCAUGGUUUUUGGUUCUCUGCUCGGAAUUCUAUUGAUGUUUUUCAUGAGCAACAAGUUUAUUUUCCUGAUUGCCUCGGUGCUGCACACAAUUGGCCUGAUUCUUGCCGUGUCAUUCUACACAACCAGCGCUGGAAGCGUACAGAUGGGAGCGUCGCUUAUCAUAUUCUACACUUUCAUUGGAACUUCGCUGGUCAUUCCGGCGAUCAACAUCUUGGAGCUUGCUCCGCUGAACUUCAACGAAUCGUUCCUAGCGAUUGGUUCCAUCUUGGAGCUGAUAGGUAUCGCACUGAUGCAGUACUUUGUCAUUACCGACGUUUCUGUGAUCGGGAUCGACCCGAACCUCGGCUAUCCGAAGCCAAAUUAUAGGGAAAUAAUCGCCGGUCACUUCAUUGCUAUGAUACUGCUCAGUGUGAUCCUGCAGGUGAUCGUUUUGUGGCAUAUGCCCAAUACAUACAAGAAAUCGCUUGCGGAGAUCCACUCGGAUCUUGCUCGAAUGACGUCGUACUUUGCGUUCGGUAGGAUGACAGCACCACCAAACAACCAUCGUUCCACAAUUACGCGAGCCUUUGCCGAGAGUGUCAGUUCUGAACAGCCGGAAAUAGAGGAGAAGCAGACUGGCACACGAAACGGUCAAGCGGCAGUCAGAUACAACGAUCGCAACGAUGAAGGCUCUCCGAGACGAAGUCCUCCCAACGAGUUCUCCGAGAACAGAUACAACCGGCGAGCUGUGGUUGAACGAGAACGCUCUCCGACACCGGAUCGUGAGGAUCCAUAUUUGCAGGAACGAUUGCAGAGACAGCAUGAGAGAAACUAUGUGCUUUCCAGGCAACAGCAUUAUCACCAGCGUGCUCGUGACUCUCCAGAACCUCAACAACAGAUUCGUCAUAUGCCCGAGAGGGAACCGGACAAUGUCCACCCUCACCGGUACUCUCAUGAACCGGAGCCUUAUGCCCACGAUCGUCCACACAGUAGCAACAGUCAGCCGACCCGAUAUACCCAGCCGCCCCAACUUUUGGCCCGCCAACAGUAUUACGAAGAGUACAGUGAAUACCGACAGCAGCAACCCCGUCGAAGCACUCCUCCGAUCCGACAGUCACCCAUUCCGCCACAGGUGGAACAACUCCCCCCGCCACCCAUCAUACGUCGUCCACAGACGCAGACGGUGAAAUCCGAGCCCGGUUACGUGUCCCGACCGAGGCUACAGACGCAGAAAAGUGACGCUCCAGCACCACCACCCAUGCCACCGGCAGAUUACCUCACCAAAUCACUGCCACGGAUCAAUCCCGAACAGAAGGCCCGUCCCGGCAUCCACCCGGUGCUGGUCCCGAAGCCGGAGAAGCCCAAAGAGGAGAUCGUGCCGGGAGUCGAGUACUCGCACAACUUGCUACCGUCCGAAUUUCUGCGCCAGAGCCGGGACUCGAUGUUCGCUAGAAAUUCGAGCGCGGUGGCGACGAUGAGUUGAGGAGGCCCGCGCUGAGUGUGUUAGGGUAAGUUUUACGAAUAAAUAGUGAGUAUUGCAGGGCA